UGUUCACUCAUUUACUCCGUGUCCACAAUCAGCUCUUUCAACAUCAUGUGAUCGUUCCUUCAGUCCCAUGUGAUAAUUAUUUUUCCCGGUGUCUGGAGAGGCUGUGAACCAGCUGAUCGAGAAAGAUAAAGAUCUCAAUUCAUCCGUGACAUGUGAUCGAUCAGUAUGGGUAAAGUGCUCGGCGAGUUGACGUUAAUGGUAACACCGCCGGAGCGUAGGACGGCAACUGGACAAUAGACGGAGACUUCCUGCGCUGAAGUACACUCCAUCCAUUGUGAAAGGAAACUCCGAUUUCGCACUUGAUUGCAAUCUGUUGAGUUCAGCCUCUGAUAUUGAUGCCGCUCGACCCACUGAGUUCACCCAGCAGACUGUAUUGAUGAUAUAAAAUUAAGGGAGACGACUGCAGACGGUGGGGAGCAGGGACAUAGAUUUCUUCAUUGGUUCCCUGGUGAAUAAUAAAGAGACUUUACCAAGUAUGGCCAGGAAGCUGGAUCUUUCACAGUUAACAGAAGAGGAACUCCAACAUGUCUUACAUGUUGUUCAGCGAGAUAUGAAUCUGCGGAAGAAAGAAGAUGAACGGCUUGGGGAACUGAAAUGUAAGAUUGAGGAAGAAAGGUUUAAAAGGAAGUUUCUAACAAGGCAAGUGAAAUUUAAUGAAGGCCAUUGCAUUCUCUGCCUGGAACCAUUUCAAUUUUUGAUGAAUGGCAAACGUCGAUGUCUGGAUUGUUCUCUCAACACCUGCAAAAGGUGUAGCAAAUUCAACAAAAAAGAAUAUGGCUGGGUGUGUGAUUCCUGUCGGAUUGUCAGGAUUGUGAAGACUGGGUCACUGGACUGGUUUUAUAACCAUGUGAAGUCUCGUUUCAAAAAUUUUGGCAGUGCCAAGGUGAUGCACUCUUUGAAUAAAAGGCUUCAAAGUGGAGAAAAGUAUCCCCUACCGCACCUAGAUUCACAAAGUGAAGAAGGUGAAUUUGACGAUGGAUCAGACAGUUAUUUGCAAGGUGGAUACGAUCCACAGAUGAUGGCAGAGGUCAUUGAAGAGGAUGAAGAUACUUUAGAUAACUCAGAAGUUCAGCACUAUAGUACACAACGUAGAAACAAACGUCUGCUUUCGGUGCAUCUUUUUGACUUUGAUAUGGACUCAGAAUACUCCUCCCAAUCUCGUCGUCCUUCUCUCCAGGUUCCGUCACCACAUUAUGAGGGGAAUGACUUCCAGUCAUUUUCAGAGUUUUCUUUUCCUGGCAAUGGUGUAACAGGAGAGGGUUCCAGGAAAGGAUCCUUAAUUGACAACCCAGAGCUUUCCUCGGUAUUUCGGAGCAUCCUGCAGGAAAAAAGUCAGAACUUGACGCCAGAUCAAGUGUUCAGCACAGAAGUCCGAGUGGAAAUUAAUUCAAGAAGGAAAAGCUUGGACAGAUCUUGCAAACCUGAGGAGCUUAUGCAUUGUGAACAGAGGAUUCCCCACGUUCAGUCCGUUCCUCCAAUUUGCAUCUCCAAUGAAGAAACUGAGGUGCAGAAGUAUUUGCCACAACAGAGGCGCAGGGCCCAGUCCUACACGGACAUGGAGAGUUCUGACAACGAUGAGGCUCCUGAACAUCCAAUGUAUCAUCGCCACUUCGUACAGCAUCGGAAUAAAGGCACUUCACUGGAGAAUUCUGGCGCUGGUGGAAUUCAGAUUUCAGACCUAUCCAAGCGCAUGUCUUCCAUUGAGCAAAUGCUAAGCAGACUGGAGAAGAAGAUAACCCCCAGCUUUUUAAAGUCACCAGACAACAAGGGAAGGCCUCAUGUGUCAUCUCCAGCUAGGUCCAUGGCUUCUGGACUUGAUUUGACAGAUGUGGACCUGGAGGAGGAAAAGCUGAAAAAAAAGUUGGAUGAGUUGGCCUGCAAUAUAAGUGACAGAGGCCCUUCGUCUGAAGAUGAGCAGAAAAUGAAGACUGAAAUUUCACAAGAAAUGAGCUCAUCCGGUGAAGACCUCCAAAAUAAGACUCUAAAGGUUUCAGAAUUAGAAAACCGGAUUGCAGCUCUGAGUGCUGCUGGGAUGAAUGUCUCAACUGUGGAAAAACCCAAAAGCAACCAGGAUGGACAGGCAAUGAUGAUGCAGAUGCCUCCUCGGAGAAAAAGCAGAAUUUCAAAUGGAAAUAAGGAAUCAGAAACUUUCAAGAAUGAAUCACAUGAGCAAAAUAUACAACACAAAGGAUCACUCACUCAAAGGAAUCCGAGCAAAAAGAAUAGAAGAUUGGACCAUGUUUUUGGGAAGCCAGUCGUGUCUAUGCAACCAUAAAGAGAACAGCCAUCAGCGUGACAUGCCUACUACUGCAGCUUUCAAGAUUCACAAGUUUCCAGAAUGAGCAUAAAAAUCCUCAUUUUCAGAACAAUCAGCUUGCUAAAUGAUACAUCGUACAGAGGAGCUUGUGUGCUAUAUUAUUUCUUUCAUGCAGUGUGCACACAAUUGAUCUUUUGAGUAAUCGAUAUCUUUUGCAUGAAAUAUAUGCAUGUGCAAUUGAACAUGUUGUGACAGCUUUGAUACUCAUAAAAAUGUAAAUGUUUUUAAACCUAAAUGUAUUGCAUAUUACACAUUUUCAAAACUACUUUUGUCAUAAUUUUAUACAUUGUGCAGAUGCUACCACAAUCCAAUUGCUAAAUAUACUGUUCAUUGUGUAACUGAACUAAAAGAACGAUUAAAACCUCAGUUCCUGGUAAAUGACCUCAAUUUGGAUGCUUUGAGCUAUAGUUAUAUAUUUGCCACCAUUAUCCCAGGCCAUUUCCAGGGGAAGAUCUUUCACAAUAUUCAAUCAGUGAUCCGUGCUAUAAAUUCUGUACACUAUAUUGACCUUAAAUAUAUUGCCUUCAACGUACAGACCAUAAGCUAAAAUGAUAAUUUAAGAUCUAUUUUACUUUCUUAUUUCUAACAGUGGUUAAAUAUCUCAUUUGAUUUACCUGAAGAUACUUAGUAAUGUUUGUACACCUUUUGCAAACAAUCAACUCAAGACUCAUUCCUGAUAUAUUAUCUACAACAACUACUAUUAUCUGAGAUGAAACUGCCCUGAAUUUCCUGCCCUUUGCUUAAUAUCUGCCAUAUACUGCCACAUUCGUUUAAUUUACCUAAAUCAGUCUAUGACCUCUCGUUGGUCAUUUAUCAAACCAUAUAUAAUAUUCUUGAAUUUAAUAAAUCUUCUAUAUUAACUACUAAAAAUGUGUUAAAAUUAGCCCUAUAUAGUCAGUCCCCUUCAGAAUUUGUGUUACCAAAGGCAUACACGUAUUGACAUUUUACAUUGACAUUGUACCUUACAUUCUUAUCCAGGGUCAAUAAUACCUUUCCCAAUCAGGACUUGUUCAUCAGACAGUGAAAGUUCCUCUGAACCCUAAAAUUAUUAGAACAUUCAGUGAAGCAACUGACAGAGGUACAUUUGAAUAACUCUCACCAAGCAUCUGAUUCCAGUCUCUUUGAUUUUUUUAUUCGCUCAACCAAGCCCAAGGUGAUUAAGGAUUUUAGAUUUAUGGAAGUCUGUGUGGAACUGAUCUGGCCUUUUGUUAUGGAUUCUGUUAUUUUUAAUAAUGUUGCACUUUUGACAUCAACUGAAAACUAUUUAAUUGAAGUUCAGGAAAAGUUUAGAAUUGAGAUGGACAUCUACAGGGAAAUCCAAAACGGGAUGCAUUGAGAAACUGCUGAAAUCAUGGAGAAAAUUUCAAUUUUUUCUUUAAAAUAAUAAUUCAUCAAGAACAACUAUAAUUAAGGAAUAAAUAGAUGGCAAAAAUUGUCAUCAAAAAAGUUCCUAGAAAAUUGGUCUUUCAGUAUAUGUUUUAUCUUCUAGAAAUUAUCAGUCCGCAUAAUUAAAGUGAAUAAAUUGGUUUAGCAUCAUAACCUGAAACUGACAUACAGCAAAAUAGGGUUAAGUCAUUGCAAGUGCUUUAGUAAUAAUAUUGACCCAUUACAGAGAAAACUGAGUCUCUAUAAUCUGACACAAUCCAAGAGUUUAUCAAUGUUACUGCUCGGGAGAAGAUAAGAUUCUUGCCAUGAAGAGAUAAGUGCUUUGAUGAUUGUUGAAUAAUCCUAAUGAUUGUUAUUGUAAUCCUGAUAUAAUGAUAUAUUUUGUUUCAUUCUUUGAUAACAUGCACAAUAAAAAAUCAUUCCCAAUUUUGCACCAUAUUGUUAUUUUAGAUAUUAAAUAA